UCAGGUCCCUCGGGUGACAUCCGCAUUGGGUCAUUUCAAACACGUCCUAAGGACGUCCUUGUUUGAGUCUGACAGUGACGUCCGCAUUGGGUCAUUUCAACGUCUCAAGUGUAAGCAUUAUAUACAACAAUAUAUUCCCACUUAUAUACGUGUUCUGUCUUUGCCCGGCGCUUCAAUGAGGUUGAAUUGGACUGCAAUUAAGAUAUCUGAGAAGUUAGAUGGCAAUGUUAUUAGGAAUAAACCACGAUUUAUCUGGCUCCAUAAGAUAUAUUGUACCUCUAAUAAAUUACCAAAUAACUAGUUUGUUAACUAUGGCAGAGAAUGGAAUGGCACACUAGACUUUGGAGAUAUGCAAAUCUUAGCCCUCGCUGUGGGAAGAAAAUAGACUGGAAAAACUGGAAUAACGGGAGAAUGACAAGGCGUAUCGAAAAGCUGUAUACAAGCCACCAUCCUCUUGCAACUAAUGUGGGCUGGGUGUGGCAUAGCCAACAAGGAACAUCUGACAGCGGACUUCCAUGCGCCUGCCAGAACUAACACAGAAUGCUCGAUUUAGUGCAAUUUUAACUGCAAUUAUUUGUUUCCUCGAUUUCAAAGAAAAUAUAUGUUCCUGGAAUUUUUUGGUGUCUCAGAAAGUAGCAUUAAAAAAAAAAAAACAUCCCUCCAGGGCAUUAAUAGACCAGCUUCUACGAGCCUGUGGAGUGGAGGAACUGUUGUGUUUCUUGCUUUGACCACACAUAGCAUUUCUCAACAAAUGUUGGCAAUGGCUUCUACGACCACUAACAUCAAGCAAGUGAUUUUCUACCCAGUUUUUGUUACUUGUGGACUGAUAACUUUGCUGCUGUUUUUUCAUUCCGUUGACAAACUGUCAUCCACAGUCUGCCCAACUUACUUUACGAAGGCACCUGAUGUGACUGUGGCAAAGCCAGAGAAACCCAUUCUUUUGAUCUGGUUGUGGCGGCAGGGUGUCAAUUUUGACUUCGACAAAGACUGCAUGACCUAUUUCAACAUAGACAGCUGCGUUCUCACAGAUGAUCGCUCCUUGUACAGUGCUGCAGAUGGAGUUUUAUUCUAUCAUAAGGCCAUCGAUAGGAAGCUCAACAAUCUUCCUAAGGGUCCACGGCCAGCAUUCCAAAAGUGGAUCUGGUUCAAUAAUGAAUCUCCAACCAACACUGGCAGAAGAGCUGGAUGGGAUGGAUUGUUCAAUCUGACUUUGACCUUUAGACGAGACUUAGACAUUACUGCUCGCUAUGAACUGAGCAUUGUGAGAAGUCAGGAACAAUUUGUGCUUCCCCAGAAAAAAAAAAUUGUUUGCUGGAUUUCAAGCAAUAACAUAGCGGGGACUGGUGCAUCAACCCGACUGAACUAUUACCAUGAACUAAAGAAGCAUAUUGAUGUGAAAGUAUACGGUCGAGCUGUCUCAGGAGCAAGUUUUCUAAGGGAUGAAGACUAUUACUCUACCAUUGCUAGCUGCAAAUUCUACUUGGCCUUUGAGAACUCCAUUCAUGAGGACUACAUCACAGAAAAGUUAAAUGGACCAAUGGUCAGUGGGACUGUGCCAGUAGUUUUAGGCGCAUCCAGGGAGAACUACGAACAGUUUAUUCCUGCAGACUCAUUCAUCCACGUGAAUGACUUUCCUAACCCAAAAGCUUUGGCUGAGUACCUGCUUCAGUUGAAUCAAAACAAAAACAUGUAUAUGCGUUACUUUGGAUGGAGGAAAUACUUCAAAGCUACACCUCAUCUUUUAUCAGCACGCAAUGUAUUUAUACAGCCCUUCUGCGCUGCCUGUGACCAUAUUGGUAAAGACAACACCUAUAAUGUGGUCCACGAUCUGUUCUGGUGGUAUCAGAAAAAUGUUAGUGGGCACUCAUGGUAAUGCGAUGAUAAGAUCUCUAAGGCUGCAUUUACAGCAGUAGUUUCUGAGUAGGUGCAUAGAAAACCCAGGAUGAAGCUUUACAUUUUGUUUUUUAGUCUGUCAGAGUGCAAACCAAUCCAGCUUCAAUUUUACAUGACCUUAAUGACCUGGACCUGACCUGAAAAAGUUAAGAUUAUCUUAUAUGAGGUAGCCAUUAAAUCAUUAAAAUGUUUUUCAAUUUCUCCUUCUGGUGUGGGCUUCAGUUAGUUACCUCCACCAAGGAGGUUAUGUUUUCAUUGGGGACCAGCGUUUGUUUGUUUGUUUGUCUGUCUGUCUGUUUGUUCCAGGGAAGGUCAGAAAUGACCCAAGGAAGAAAUGAUUACAUUUUGGGAGUGAUCCGUAUCACCGUCGGGAUUCCGGAGGCGUUUAUGUUUUUCGCUUAGCGUUGUAAUGGCAUGGUUUGGCCACGUGGUGGCGAUCUGAAUAGUUUAGGGUCAAAUGUAUGACAACCUAGGAAGAAUAUACAGGCGGAGCUUAGUCUAGAUUAGUUUGAUCUCUGUAAAGACUCAUCAUCACACAUCAUUGGGAUUUCUUAUAGCUGGUCACCUGUUCAUCUCUUUAGUUAUUGUUUUAAAAACUUAAUUAUAAAUCAGAAUGAGAGAGCAGCGAAUUCAUACCGUCACAUUUAGUCACAUUAUUGAGUGACCAAAUGGAAUAGGGUGAAUGUUCAUUUUAGCAUGUGACGUAUACACUGUACAAAAUGUCACUACCUCCGACCGUCUUGGAUAGCCUGUCCCACUGACCCAGAUGUCUCCUUUUUCAAAAUUAAACCAAAAUCCUACAGGAUUCCAAUAGCAACAAUCAAAAAUACCAAAAUCCCAAUCAACUCUACGCUGUAGCUCCUCUAACAUGACCGCCCCAGAAAUGUAACGUCAGGGGUUCGUCGAGGGGAUGCUACUUGGGUCGCUACUUUGGGGCUUAUUUCAGAGAUCCAGUUGCUUAUUUUUGCUCACGUGACCUGGCAACAUUGAUGCUGACUACUCAUGUUUUCAUACAUAUUUACUUAAAUAAACCUAUUUUUGUUAACGCUU